CGUCCGGCGCGGCAGAUGCGCGGAGCCGGCGCUCGCCAUGGCCACGGUGCGGGAGAAGGUGGCGGCUCUGAGCCUCAGCGCGGUCUGCAGGCCCGCCGCCAGGCCGCCGGGCUUCAGCCUGGCGCAGAAGCCGUUCGGAGCGACCUUUGUCUGGAGCAGCAUUAUCAGCGCUCUCCAAACUCAAGUGGAAGUGAAGAAGCGCCGCCAGAACCUCAAGAGUUACCACGACUGCUUCAUUGGCUCGGAUGCAGUGGAUGUUGUCUUUGCCCAUCUCCUGCAGAACAAGUAUUUUGGGGAGGUGGAUAUCUCCCGGGCUAAGGUGGUGCGUGUGUGCCAAGCGCUGAUGGACUGCAAAGUGUUCGAGGCCGUCUCAACGAGGGUCUUUGGCAAAGACAAACGCUCCGUGUUCGAGGACAGCAGCUGCAGCCUCUACAGGUUCACAAACGCCUCCAACCCGCCAGAGCUUGAGAAAGAUUACCAGCAGUGUGCCCCGCAGAGAUAUGAGAGCAGCAUGUUGCUCUACUCUACCCCAUUCAAACCAGAAAGCUUGGAGGAUCUUUGGGAAAACCUAAGCCUAAAGCCUGCAAGCAGCUCUCAAGUAAACAUCUCGGACAGCUUGUCCCGUCAAGUUAUUAAUGAAGUGUGGCAAGAACAAACAAUCGCUCGCCUGCUGCAGCUGGUCGACCUCCCUCUCCUGGAGUCUCUGCUGGAGCACCAGGAGAUCAGACCUCAGCUGCCAGAGCCCAGGAAGGCACCUGGAUAUGUCAUCACCAGCAACUACCUGGACAGAGAGAUCCUCAAGGCUUUCAGUGACUCUCAGACAGAUGAGUGGCUCUCAGCAGCAAUUGAUUGCUUGGAAUAUCUUCCUGAUCAUAUGGUGGUGGAUAUUAGUAGGAACCUGCCUGAUCAGCCAGACAAAGCAGAUUCCUGGAAACUGCUGCUGUUUGAAAACAUUGGGAGAUACUACAGCCAAAAAAAGGAGCCACUCUUAAGCCAUGCACCUGAAAUUCAUUUAGGAAUUGCAGAACUAUUAGUGAAUGGGAAGAUGGAACAGUCUUUAGAAGCUGUUCAGCUCUAUUUGAAGCUCCUAGACAGCCAAGUCAGGGAGGAGUUCAGGAGACUGCUGUACUUCAUGGCUGUUGCAGCACAUAAUUCUGAGCUCAAGCUACAAAAGGAGAGUGACAACAGGAUGGUUGUGAAAAGGACAUUCUCUAAAGCUAUUAUCAACAAUAAAAACCUAUCCAGAGGGAAAACUGACCUCCUGAUCUUGUUCCUUGUGGACAACCAGAGAGAUGUGUUAAAGGUAGGAGCUGGGAAAUGGCCAGGUUUUGUUUAUCUGGUGUGUUCAUGGGGAACUGCCUUCUAA